AUGGCGGACGGGGUCCCCGCGCUGGCAGCGCCGCCGGCGCCGCCAUCUGUGGAGGCGGCGGACGCGCAGCCGACCGGCGCAGCGCCGGCGGAGCGGGCGCCAGCAGAGGGGCCGCCGACGGAGGCGGCACCCGCGCCGGCGCCCGUCGAAGGCGCCCCAGUAGACCCGCAGGCACCGCAGGCUGCCCCGCGCUGCCCCGCCGCGGAGAAGGAGAACUGCCGGCCCACCGCCGACGACCGCGAGGAGUUCAGCCGCCUCCGCAUCACGGCGAGGCAGGUCGACCCGCUCCUGUGGUCCCAGGAGAUCAGGGGCAAGCACCGGCUGGUGGUGCCGCUGUCACGGCUGGGGCCUCUCCGGGCCAAGCAGCAGAGCCAGGACCGGGUGGUGAUAGCGGUCUUGUACGAGUCGCGGCCGGCGGAGAAGUUGGCGAACGGGCAGCUGUUCUCGUGCUGGCGCCUCACGGACCUGGGGGAGCCGAAGCCGAGGUGCUUGGACGUGCGCCUGCGGAGCGAGGCGUUCAACCACUGGCGCACGAGGCAGCCAGCCGCCAGCGUCACGAGGGGCUCGAUCUUCGCCGUCAUGAACCCGGCGCUGAUGGAGGAGGCGGGCCCCGGCAAGCCGGCGGUCGUCGACGUGCUGAGGGCCGCGCAGCUGAUGAAGAUCGGCGAGUGCCCCUCGCUGGGGCUGUGCGAGAUGAGGCGAUGCAGCCUGCCGUGCAACGCCGACCGCGCCGAGCGGUUUUGCAACCACCAUUUGAGCCUCGCGUACGCGGACAAGGAUCACAGGAUCAUCGCCAACGGAGGCUUGCAGAGCAAGGACAGGCCCGUGCAGAAGAGGACCAAGGCCCUUCAGCCGCUGCCGCCGCCGGAGCCCGAGGAGGCCGCCGAGGGGCGCGCGGAGGAUGCCAAGCAGGCGCGCAUCGCCGAGCUCGCGCUUAGCCUCGACGGGCGCCGCGUGCACCACUCCCGCGCGAAGGACAACUACGUCAACUCCAUCGCCCAUGGCAAGGUCAGCGGAGACGCCAGCGGCACCCGCACUCUGUCGUGCAGCUCCUCCAACGUGCCAGUGCUGGGACGUGGCCUCUCCGACGACCGCGCCUUCGACCUGGACAUCGAGCUGGUGAGCUCUGGCGAGAAGCGAAAGGCCGAGCGGCUGAUGGAGGAGCGCGCCGAGCGGCUCGAACAGGCGCCCGAGCCCGCGGAGCGCAUUCCCGCGGCCCUGGCGCCGUGCGGCGGCCCGCAGGGCGGGGCCAAGCGGGCCCGGAACGCGGCCGGCGAGGGCGGCGCCGCGAGGGAGAGGUCCCUCGGCGAGCUGAUGCAGGCCCUCACCCACCGCCGCGCCGCGCGCCGCGUGGGCACCGCGGCAGAGAGGGCGUCCGCGGGCGGCGGCGCGGCCGCGCUCAGCCAGCGCUGGCGCGCUGCGGCCGAGGAGGCCUCCAGAGAGGCGGCCGGCGCGGGGGCGGCCGGAGCAGAGGCGGCCGCGGCAGGCGGCGCCGGGCCAGGCCUCGGGGGCGGCGCGGUGGCUGCGGGCGCUGGCGGAGCGGUCGGGGCUCCGCCUGCGCCAGAGGCCACUGGGGAGCAGUCGGCGCAGUGA